UGUGAGUUUAAUUUUGUUUUUUUUAUAUAUAUAUUUUUAUAUCAGUUUGUCUAUGUCCAGUUGUUUUGUGAAUAUUAUAAGGUAGGUGUUUGAAAGAUGACGUCGAGCGGGACUCCGAGUCGCUUUCUUAAAAGUGUUCUACAGAACGGGGUCGGUCGCUACGUUUGUCAGCUGAAGCGAAUCUCCAUCGUUUUCUCCAGAAAAGGGCCAAGUUCCCUGGGAGUCAGGGAUUUUAUUGAAGAGGGCGUGGUGGAUUAUGCCAAGAAGAAUCCUGGAACUGUGGUAUACGUGUCUCCUGAGAACACCAAUGACCCAAAAAUAGUUGCAGAAUACUUAAAUGGCAACGUAAGGGAAGAAACUAUCAAGAAAAAAACACCGAAAGAGAUUUCAGAGCUUCUGAUCAAGCUGACAAAUCAGUCUGGACUGGACAUCAUCCGGUUGCGCAAACCCUUCCACACGGACAACCCGAGUAUUCAGGGCCAGUGGCACCCCUUCACCAACCGACCCCCUUCCAUUGGCACCGUCAGACCUCCAAAAGAGACCACAGAGUGAGCCCCAACAAUGUCACUGUCAACUGGUUUAGUUAUUUCCAGAAAAAUCUCUUCCUGCAUGCUGUAAUUAAAGAUGGUAACAUGUCUGUAAUUAAAGCUGUGUUGUAA